UCAGCGACGCCUCAGAACUUCACUCACCUUCUCUUCUCUACGUGCGCUGCAGGCGACGAUGACGACGCCGCUGUAGCCCAAGAAGCAGCAGGAGGAGGAGGAGGUGUGGUUACAAAAGAAGCAACCGAGCGAGGAGCAGCAGAGAUGGAGGGUGCGACCAUGCCGGCGCCGCCAGCAGCAGCAACCUUGCACCAUGACUCGAGACCGGCGAUCGGGUUCCCCCUCGGCACCGCGCUGCUCGUCGUCGUCAUCUUUUGCCUCAGCGGCGUCUUCGCUUGCUGCUACCACUGGGAGAAGCUCCGCUCCCUCAGCGGCCGGCCCAGCCGGCGCCGCCGCCAGCAGGAGGAACCCCCUCUGGAUGCUCUCGAGGAAGGCCGGACUCAGCCGUCGCCUCCAUCUCCGACGUCCAAGCUCGCCCCCGACCCUCAGGAGAACAAGGAGGAGAAGGUCCGGAGCUUGCCUGUCAUAAUGCCAGGCGAUAAAGUUCCGAAAUUCAUGGCAUGGCCAUGCCCGUGCCAACACUCGUCGCCGGUUAUUGCCGAUGUAUCUGCUGUAGCGGUGACGACUUCCGAAGCAGAAAUUCCGUCUCAAUCUUUAGCAGAGUGUUCUGUGAACUGAGCAUCACACUCUGUUGCGGUGCUCAUUAUUCUUUUUUCUUCAAUGUCGCUGGUUGAAUUUGUCGAGACGAGGGAUGUGUAUAUAUCUUGCCUUUGUAAAAGAAAUGGAUCUCUGAAAAGCUCAGAUUUUCUUA